AUGUAUAGACAAAUACCUUUAUCUGUUGCGUUCAGUAGUGAAAACCCUGACGUCAAAAUAAAGGGGAACAGAGUAACGUUUAAGUUUCCAACAGACUGGAUUGUGAACAUAAAUGAAGAGAAGUACAUUGGCAUAACAUCUAUGUAUAUAACACGUGCUUUCAGAAAGGUUGACUUUAUACUUCAAGUCGAGAUAGAAAAUGACGAACAGUCUUUAAGCGCCCAAAACAUUCACAUAUACAAAUACUUUAAAGACGAUACAACAUUGCAACAAUGUAUGAUUUCAUUUAAUGAGAUGUUCGAGAAAAAGUUCAACAUUGAAGUACAAACUUUACAGCCUUUACGUGAGUUUCUUGCACAACUGAAAGAAGAAGGUAGUCAGCCACAACUUAUAGACUUUCAUUAUGAAUUUAAUGAAAAUGAAGAUGGAACUCAUGACUGUCAAUUCAUUGUAUUCUCACCAUUCAAUGAAGUCGCUAAAGAGAAAAAAAAUCCAUUACGUAUAAGAUUUCAAAUCUCUGAACCAAGUGAUGAUUUCAAGAA